AUGGAUGCUCCUGAUGGAGCUGAACUCUGCUUUCCACAGCUCUUUAACGCCUCCUGCAAGAAGCCUACGCGUAAUCACUCUGAAGCAUUGCUCUUCUACUUUUUGAUCCUCAUCUCAGCGCUCACCACAGCUCUCAACCUGCUGCUCAUCAUCGCCAUCUCCCACUUCAGGCAGCUCCACACCACCACCAACCUUAUCCUCCUCUCCCUGGGUGUCUCCGACUUUCUUGUGGGCCUUGUGGUGAUGCCGGGUGAUCUCAUGCAAACUGGGACUUGCUGGUUCUCGGGUGACCUCAUUUGUGCUCUGUAUUAUUUCUUACUGUUCAUCAUUAUCAGCGCCUCGGCAGCAUGCAUGGUGCUCAUAUCAGUCGACCGCUACAUAGCUAUUUGUUACCCUUUGCAUUACACAUCGAAAUUCACUCUUUAUACAGUCAGAAUCGCUGUGUGUUUGUGCUGGAUUUAUGCUGUCUUAGUUAACUUGGUGCUGUUUAAUGACAACCUUAGACACCCAGGCAAGUAUAACUCCUGCCAAGGGGAAUGUGUGGUUAACAUUUCAGGUGAACUGGAGCUUGCUUUCGGCUUUAUUCUUCCCGUAUCUGUCAUCAUAGUUCUGCAUCUGAGAGUGUUUGUAGUUGCAGUCUCUCAGGCUCGGGCUAUGCGCUCCCACAUCACAAUUGUCAAAAUGAAGCGUUCACAGACUGUUGCUCCUAAGAGGUCUGAGCUUAAAGCAGCCACAACGCUUGGUAUCGUUGUAGCUGUGUUUCUGAUGUGUUAUUGCCCAUACUACUGUGUCUUCCUCAUAGGUGGAAAAAUAUUGAUAGGCUCUGACACUGAAAUCCUCAUGGCUUUUCUGUUGUAUCUCAACUCCUGUCUGAACCCCUUGAUAUAUGUUUUUUGCUACCCGUGGUUUAGAAAAGCAAUUAGACUCAUUGUUACGUUCAGGGUGAUGGUGCCUGGCUCCCGUGAUGCAAGAAUACUAUAG